UAGAAAUUUUUUGAUAUUUCAGUCGUUUAUAAAUUAUGUUCAGAUAAAACGAAAUUCUAAAUUGUUGCUAGCAAAAAGUGGCAGUUGGGCUCAAUAUGGACACGAUGCAGUGUCAGUGCAAUCAAAUUAAAGAGGCUCGUGUGCUGGUCCUCUACACUGGCGGCUCCAUAGGCAUGAUGCGCAACGAUGCAGGCGUUCUGACUCCUAUUCCCAAUGAGCUACCGAAGCGAAUACGCGAAGAUCCCAACUGCCACGAUAUCACGUAUACGUCGCGCUAUGAGGCCAAUGAAGAGCCUCCUCUGGUCCUACCCAUCCUAAACGAAGCGGCGCUGCGAGUUGUCUAUGAUAUAAAGGUAUAUGAACCACUAUUGGAUUCUAGCUGCAUGGCCAUGAAUGAUUGGAUACGCAUGGCAAACAACAUAGGCGAAUACUAUGAACGCUAUGAUGGCUUUGUGAUCCUGCACGGCACCGAUACCAUGGCCUAUACUGCCUCUGCUUUGGCCUUUAUGCUGGAGAAUUUGGGGAAACCCGUUGUGAUUACGGGCGCUGCAAUUCCCAUUUUUGAAAUGCGCACCGAUGGACGCGAUAACUUUGUUGGGUCGUUGAUGCUGGCUGGGAACUAUAAUAUUCCCGAGGUGAUGAUCUAUUUCGACAAGAAUGUGCUGCGAGGUUGUCGCUCCACAAAAAUUAAUUCCAUGGGUUUCCAUGCAUUCGAUUCACCAAAUAAUCCGAAGCUCGGCAAAGUUGGUAUAAAUGUUGAGAUCAAGAACUAUCAAAUAUAUCGACCCUGUAAUCUGGGUGAAUUUAUGGUAGAAAAUAAGUUGGAGCCCAACGUUGCACUGCUGAGAAUUUAUCCGGGCAUUACGCCGGCGGUACUGAGGGCUUUUCUCGCUGCACCAAUAAAAGGUGUUGUCAUCCAGAGCUUUGGUUGCGGCAAUAUGCCCGAGCAGAAGGAUCUCUUCGAAGUGCUACGUGUGGCCAUCGAAGGCGGGCUCUUGGUGGUAAACACAACACAAUGUCUGCAGGGCGAGGUGGCGCCCAUCUACGAAACAGCCAACUGGAUGCAAAUGGGUGUCGUGCCGGGCGGUGAUAUGACCCAAGAGGCGGCACUCACAAAACUUGCCUAUGUGCUAGGCAAAGACAAAUGGAGCUUGGAGCAAAAGAAGCAGAUGAUGCAGUUAAAUUUGCGUGGCGAAUUAAGCACUCAAUUCACUGCGAAGAUCAAUGAUAUGGAUUUAAUUGAGGGCGUAGCGCGUACACUGCAUCUCUCCAGUUGCAAGGAAAGUGAUCAAAUGUGUUCCACAUUCUUUCCAGCACUCGUCGAUGCUGCUGUUCGAGCUGGUGAUGUAGCCAAGCUGAAAUCCCUCAAAGCGUACGGUGCGAAUUUAUGCGAAACCAAUUGUGAAGGACGCACUGCGUUGCAUUUGUCCUGUUAUCUGGGUCAGCAGGACUGUGUGGCAUGCCUCUUGGGUGCAGGCUGUCCCGCCGACUUGACCGAUCGCUUCAAUCGAACGCCACUGCACGAAGCCAUUGAUGCAGACAAUCACAAAAUAAUCGAGUUACUGUUAAAAAGCGGCGCCAAACUGCAGCAGGAAGAUCAGCAGGCGCUGGCAGAACAACUGCGAAUGCUGGCCGAGAAUGGACAAAUCGAACGGCUGGAGUCCUAUCGCUUAGCUGGCGCAAAUCUAAUGCUAGCCGAUCGCUCUGGUCGAACACCCUUGCACUAUGCAGCUCAACUGGGGAACCUGCCGGUUGUGGAAUACCUAUUGCUUUUCUAUAAUGAUGUGAAACUUAAGGAUGUCUUAGGGCUGGAGCCCGUCCAUUAUGCCAAGGCGACAAACCAUAGCGAAGUUAUAGCGGCACUAUGUGAUAAGAUUAAGGACACAAAGAGUUGAAUGAAUUCUGCUUGUUAUGGGAAAAACAAAAAGCGUCUCGAUUUGUUUUGUUUUUUUUUUCUCUUUUUUUGUGAAAUAAUUUCAAAUAUAAUUUUAGCUUAUACCUGGUA